GGUACAUGGCGACCAUUGAGACGGCCACAGAUCGCGUGGGCAAUGACAACCCGAUUUUCGUGCAGACGGAAGUGGACCAUGUCAGUGGACAGGUCGUCUUUGAGAAGCAGCAGUGCGCCGUUGGCCCCAAGCUGCAGAACCAUGAGAUCAUCGGCCUGGCCACCGCGGAGUUGGCCUACGCGGUGGACCAAGCCUCCACCAUCGUCAUGUGCUUCUGCGUCCAGCGCAUGUACUUGGAGCCUGAGGUGAUGCUCCAGCUGGAGGACUCGGACCAGCGUGCCCAAAUGUGCUCCAACUUCACGGACAUGGCCACAGGCAACUACCACCGUUCCUGGAUACGCGUGGGCGUCGUCGUGGUGUUCAACGAGAUCUUUGAGGCGACGAUCCGCGGCACCUCCACCAGUGUGCGGUACAAGGACGAGACCACCCGACUGGUGCGGCAUUUCAAGAACCUCUUUUGGUUCUGGCUCUUCAAUGCCGCGUUGCUCCCGGCCUUCGUCAGCUGCACAAUUCCCGCGCUGUACGGCUGGGCCAACCGCGUGCUGGACAUCGGCACCGUGCAGACAGGCGGCAUCUCCAUGAGGGAGUGGCACGGCUGGGUGGGCAGCGUGAUCACCUUCACCAUGGCCUGCCGAGUCUUCAUCCCGCAGGUGCCGGACCUCCUCGGCACCUGCUGCCGCCGGUGCUGCCGCUACCGCAAGGCAAUGCGAGCCAUCUCGCAGGACGAUCUCAAGAACCUCUACGUCAAUCCAGAGUUCCGACUGUCGGAAGGCUUCGCAGAGCUCACCGUCACCGCGAGCAUCGCCAUGAUCUUCGGCCCGGCCUUGCCCCUUCUGAACGUCCUGGCAGCCGCAUCCUGCUUCACACGCUAUGUGGUGGACUGGUACAUCUUCCUGCGUCACUCCCGGCGCCCACCAGUCUUCGACGAGAUGAUCGCGCGGGUCUGCGUGAACCAUUUGCUCUUUGCGUUGGUCUUCCGAUCCGCCACCAGCAUCUUGGUGUGGGUGGACCCGACCCUCUUUGAUUCGUCGGUGCCUGGCUGCAGCGUUGACGCCAACGACGCGGAUGCCCUGCGGGCGAAGUACUACCAGGAGAACUUCCUGAUGUUUGAGCUGUUCGUGAACCCCACCUGCAAUCCCGGGGCCUGGUUCUUCAGCUUUCUGCCUGGGCUCUCGGCAGUGGGGUGCCUGGUGGUGCUGCCGAACCUCACCUGGGUGAGGUCCAUCCUGAUGGUCCUCUGCCGACGCUGCCGCUCCAAGACUGGCUAUCUUUACGACGACGUCGUGAAGGCGCGCCUGGAGCGGCGCAUGGUGGGCUCCUACCAGCCCCGGGUGCACCCGGGCUAUCAGUCCGCGUUCAAGCUCAUGGACCUCACCGCCAACUUCAACGAGCAGGGGCUGGAUGACAGCUCAGACAGCCACGCAUCCACGGACUUGGCCUCAGAGGAGGCAGCGGAGGAGGCGGAGGCGGAGGCGGAGGCGGAUUUGGCAGCCACCAUCUUCGGGAAUCAGAUUGAAGACUACGAGUACUUCAAGCAGAAGAAAGAGAAGAAGUCCAAGAAGGAGAAGAAAGAGGGCGACGAGGGCAGGAGGCAUAAGAAGAGGAAGAAGGAGAGCAGCGACCCCUUCGAUGACGAUGAGGUCAACCCCUACGAUGCCGGGGCCGAAGAGAAGUACAAGAAGAAGAAGAAAAAGGACAAGAAGCAGAAAGACGAGGACCAUAGCGAGGCCCAAGAGUUGUCUACCUUGCUGGAUUGAGCGAGUUAGGCAGCGCAGAGCCGGGCGACUCGUCUUGCGCGCGUUCUGUGCGGGAGUCUGUGUGCA